AAACUGCUGCACACAUAAAGCCCAUAAGACAAACGGAUAUCAAUAUAAAGACAUAGAUGUUAUUAAAAAACAAAAUUAUUACAAACCAAAAACUAGGUUGCAUAUUGAUGAGCAUUCGGUGUAUCCUGUAUAAGUCCUGAUUCAUAAGUUCAGCACAGUUCACCUCUAAAGAUCAUCCAAACAUAACCAAUGUGUGCCAUGCCCCCACUGAGACAUCAUGAGGCACAUUCGUUUAAACCAGGUUCAUAUUCACACACCAUUUCUCCACGAACAAACAGUGCACCACCAGAUCCAGCGAAUAAAGCACAGCCCAGAACAAACUUCCACCUGAACAAUGGGACUUCAACUUGGCCUUUGGGGAGUCUGCAGACUGCCCCCUCCUGGGGCAGGUUCUCUGCUGACUCCCCCCUCUUGGGGGAGGCUCUCUGCGGACUCCCCCCUUCUGAGGGAGGCUCUCUGCAGACUCCCCCCCACCCCCGCCCGCCCUGACGUUACGCACGCAGCGCAGCUCAGCUUUGGCCCACCCGGAUAACAUGGAGUCCAGCCUGGAGUCCAGCCUGGCUCCGGCGUCCUCCUCCAACCGAACACCAACUUACCCGGAGAUGACAUCCGAAACGCCGUGCACAGAAACCGCUUAGGAGGCGCUAUCUAAAGCCUGAUCCAGAUAUGACCGACGGUGCAUGAACACAGAGCUUUGAUCCUGCAAACCGGGCCGUGUUCCUUACCUGGCGUACAGGACGCUGCAGGAUGUAGGCCAGCCGCCGGGCAGAGGGACUCAGCACGGUCCUCCGGGGACCAUGGAGCCAGAGGGCCCCCGAGUCGCCCCAGGGAACAGCUGUGGCCCCCCGGGCGACCACACCGGCUCCAGCCGCACCGCAGAGGUUUCUGGAUCGUUCAGCGCUGGAGAGGAGAGGAUGUGUAACAGCAGCUCACCGUGGCCGGGGACGGCGGGAGAGGAGGUGGGAGAAGCAGACCCGGGGAGAGACCACCCGGGGAGAGACCCGGGGAGAGACCAGGGGAGAGGGGGGUCCCCCAGGAGGUCCUUCCCCCCCUCCCUCACCUGGGACUCAGACUCAGAGAAGGAGACGGUAGACGAGGAGGAACUUCAGCACUUUGCUAACCCCCACGGCCUGGCCAAUCACAGUCCAGGACACACCUCCUCUGGGCUCAGGCCGGAUGGGCAGCAUGACCAAACCCCUGCACACGCGCAGCACUUACCAGGAGAGAGGGACAGAGAGGGUCCCGUAGACACGUCUGGCAGUAACCCGAGGGGCACCAGGACCCAGGAGCCAAAUAUGUCCCCGCCGAGGCAGCCGCCCGGGACACAACGGGUGGGGGGCGGUGUCUGGAAGGUGCCAGACCCCCCAGAGCCAACCAGAGUGAAACCAAAGGACCGCUGCCAAACCCAGAGCGAGGAGGGGGGGGAGAGGCCUGGCGAGGAGGGGGGGGUCCACAGCCAGGUGAAGCACAAACCGCCCGGGGGCCAAGCCAAAGAAGCGUCCCCAGACGUGUACUCCUUCCCUGGGGACUCUGACGCCGAGAGCCCCCCACCGGCGGCCUGGGCCCAGUGCUCCUUCACCCAGCGCCGCAAGAGGAGGAAGGCCCUGCUGAGACCCUUCUCCGGCCUGGCCGGACCCCCGCCGGGAGGGGCGGCGGGCCCCGGGAGGAGGACCGCGACCCCCAAGGGGGCGAACGCUGUUAGUGACGAGGGGAGGAGUGCCGGGGAGAAGGAGAGAGAGGAGAUGCUGAAGGGAGGGGAGGAGGACAUUGGAGGAGAGGAACCAGAGCAGGAGGAGGAGGCAGAAGGAGGAGGAGGAGGAGGAGGCCACCACGAGGAGGACGGCGGUCCGAGUCGAGACAUCUUUACCUGCGUUGAAUGUAGCAUCUACUUCCAGAAGCAGGUCCAUCUGCAGGAGCACAUGUCAGAGCACGUCCAGGGCCCGCCGCCGGGGGGCCGGGGGGAGCGGCCGGACAGGGCGGCCCCCCUCCACUGUGCCGAGUGCGGCUGGACGCUGCCCAGCCCCCCGGACCUCUUGGAGCACCGCCGGAGGCACCAGGAGUCCAGGGCCCGCAUCCUGGAGGAGAUCCAGAAGCUGGGGGCCACCGGGGCGGAGAGACUAGAGGAGGUGCAGAGGGUGGAGGAGGGGGGGGUCCCCGUGGGUCUGGACCUCUCCGCAGAGUCCCACCCGGCCCCGGGUCCGGUCAAAGGUGUAGACCUGGACGUAGCGGUCAACCCUCCAACGUUGUCUCUGGUUCCAGGAGCCGUUACCGACCCCGCGACCCCCGGGCCUAAACCCGGUCCGGUCCGGACCCCGGCCCGCGCCCGGGCGGCCCCCACCAAGGGCCGGCGCUUCAUCUGCCCCACGUGUAACUUCAGCACCAAGACCUCGCAGGCCAUGGCCAACCACGCCAAGACGCACAACCGCACCAAACCGCCCGCCCGCCGCAAGUCCCAGCGCGCCCCGUACUCCCCCGACCCGGACCCCCCCGGCCCGAGCCCCCCCGGCCCGAGCCCCCCCGCCGCCCAGUCGGGGGCCACCUCGUCUUCCACGCAGCACCUCCAUCUCCCGCCUGAGGUGACCCAGACCUCGAGGCCCACCCUGGACCGGUCCAGGUUCGACCCGGGGCCGACCAAGGAGCUGGUGUUCAAGUGUAUUGGGAACCGGAGAACCAACCGGCGAGAACGGGUCUGGACCGAAGGGACACGGGCCGGGCCGAGAGCAGAGGGCAGGAGGCGUCCCGGGGAGGAGGAGGAGGAGGAGGAGGAGGAGGAGGGAGGAAGAGUAGGAGGAGAGCUCCGGGCUGUGGCGGAACAGAAGUCUUCUGGGAGGUUGAAGUCUCACACAAGGCCCGCUUUCACACAAGAUGCCUCGGGUUUAACCCAAAGUUCUGGCGCGUCACCUCCUCUGGAGAAGACCGUGAAGGAGGAGGAAGAGGAGGAAGAGGAGGGAGCAGAGCAGAACGGCCAGCUCUCCUUCUUACGGAGGAGGAACCGCCUCCUGGCACCCGCUGAGGAGGACAGCGAGGAGGAGGAGGAGGACAUCGACGAGGAGCAGAUGCAGCGCUUCCUGUCGGAGGCCAUCUUGGAGGAAGAGGAGGAGGAGGUGGACGAGGAGACGGGCCGCCCCCGGAGCGUGGAGAGGAGGUGCCCCUACUGCCCCGACCGCUUCCACAACGGCAUCGGGCUGGCCAAUCACGUGAGGGGGCACCUGAACCGCGUGGGCGUCAGCUACAACGUGAGACACUUCAUCUCCGCGGAGGAGGUCAACGCCAUCGAGAAGAAGUUCUCCUACCAGAAGAAGAGGAAGAAAGUGGCUAACUUCGACCCGGACACGUUCAGCGUGAUGCGCUGCGAGUUCUGCGGCGCGGGCUUCGACACGCGGGCGGGGCUGUCCAGCCACGCACGCGCCCACCUCAGGGACUUCGGCAUCCUGAACUGGGACGUGACGGUCUCGCCCAUCAGCAUCCUCAGGGAGAUGUUCUCCUCCCGGCCCGACCUGGUCAUCCCCACCGCCCCGCCCCGCAGCCCCCCCUCUCCCGGACCCCUGGACCCCUGCGGAGACGACGAGGACGACGAAGACGAGGAGGAGGAGGACGAAGAGGAGGAAGAGGAGGAGGAGGAAGAACAGGGACGGGGGAAGAGGGCGAAGUUGGAGGAGGAGUCGGGUGGAGGUGGAGGAGGAGUAGCAGGAGCCAAGGUCGCGAGGAACAAGCUCAGAGUACUGCCCCCGGGCUGGAGCCGAGGGGAGGAGGAGGAGGAGGAGGAGGAGGGAGAACCAGGAGGUCAUGCGGGGGGACUAGAGGCGGACGACGAGACAUUGUUUCGGAUCCCCGGGUCGGACGCGGUGGUCUCCAGCGCUCCAGAGGAGGCAGACGACAAGGCCGCUCCAGACCUGACGUGCCGUGUGUGCAGUCUGCGGUUCGAGACGCGGCGGGGUCUCUCCAGCCACGCCCGCUCCCACCUGCGCCAGCUGGGCGUGUCGGAGGGCAGCGGGGCCCCCAUCAACCUGCUGUACCGGGUCAUCCAGGAGCGCCUGGGGCCCCCGGACCCCGCCGCCCCGGGCCGGGACCCCGACCUCGAGGACGACAUGGACUUCGAGGAGAAGCCCCUCCCACUCUCCAUCCUGGCCAAAAUGGCACCGUCCCCGUCCCCGUCGUCGUCGCUGACCUCGGUGCUCAUGGGGCCCCCGGGGGCCUACCCCCCGCGGCUCCUCUCCUCGGUGGUCCGGAAGGCGCCUGUCUCCUCGCUGCUCCCCGUCUCCUCCCCGCUGCGCUCCCCCGACCACAAGGGCAGCGGGGUCAAGGCCGUGACCUCUCACCUCUCUCUGGCCGGAACCGUCCCCUCCACCAAGCCCUUCUGGGCCCCCCAGGAGUCGGACGCCCCCCUCAACCUCACCCUGGAGGGAGACCCCAGCAAGGACAUCAUCUGCCACCUGUGUGGUGCUUGGUUCGAGACCCGGAAGGGGCUGUCCAGCCACGCCCGGGCCCACCUGCGGCACUUCGGGGUGGAGUACUCGGAGUCCAAGGGCUCCCCCAUCACGCUGCUCAACCAGCUCAUCCACACCGACGACUUCAAGCACAAGGCCAGCGUCCUGCAGGCCACGCCCCCCCGCCCCCAGGGCCCCGCCUCCAAGCGGCCCCUCCUCGCCUCCUCCUCGCUCCUCUUCAAGGGGGCGGGGGGGUCCCCCUCCUCCAAAGCUACCUCCAUGUCCUCCUUGCUGGGACCCCCCGCCAAGCGGCCCAAGUCCUCCAUCCAGGUGUUCCGGCUCAGCAGCGGGGAGCUGCUCACUCUUCCUCACAAUGAACCUCCAAAGGAGAUCGGCUGCGAGUUCUGCGGCGAGUUCUUCGAGAACCGUAAGGGCCUGUCGAGCCACGCCCGCUCCCACCUGCGGCAGAUGGGCAUCACGGAGUGGUCGGUGAACGGCUCGCCCAUCGACACGCUGCGGGAGGUCAUCGCCAAGCGGGGGCUCCCCUGUGCACUGCCCCUCAAACCCCGCAAGACCCCGCCCCCGUCCUCUCCCGGCCCCCCCCGCUCCCCGCUGGCGGCGGCCUCCUCCUCGCCGCCUGCCUCCGCCCCCCUGCUGGGCCGUCUUCCCUUCGCCUUCGCCCGGCCCUCCAGCCCCCACCCCCCCGCUGGGUGCCGGACCUCCCGGGCCACGCCCCCCUCGGCCCCGCCCCUCUCCUCCUCCGGGGGCGUGGUCCUGAAGCCCAAGCCGGAGCCGGAGCUGCUGGAGGUCACCAUGCCCGGGGCCGUGGGCGCGUCCGGGGGGCUCCCUGCCGAACCGCUCAACUGCAGCUGGAACAGCAGCGACAACAUGCUGCCCCUUAACCUGGUGGUGUCCCACGAGACGGAGCCCCCGCGGGAGAUCCAGUGCGAGUUCUGCGGCGAGUUCUUCGAGAACCGUAAGGGCCUGUCGAGCCACGCCCGCUCCCACCUGCGGCAGAUGGGCAUCACGGAGUGGUCGGUGAACGGCUCGCCCAUCGACACGCUGCGGGAGGUCAUGACCAAGAGGGGGGACACCCUGCCCCCCGACCAGCGGGUGAAGAAGGAGGCGGGGAGGCGGGGCGCGGCCAGCCCCGUCUGGGGGGACCCCCCCGGGGGGCCCGGCAGUUCCGAGGGGCCCGGGGGCCCCGGCUUCCAGCUCACCAAGUUCCGGAAGUCGCCGCUGAGCCUGCUGCACUCCCGGCUCCAGAAGCAGAGUGCGGCGGUGGGGGGGCUGGCCCCGGGGGGGAAGGGCCUCCAGGGGCCCCCCCUGGGCAGCAGGGCCCCGCUCGAGGAGCCGGGGCCGGCCGGGCAGGCGCCCCCACUACUGCCCAAGGCCCUCGCCGCCCUGCCGCCCGGCUUCCUCUUCAAGAGGAAGGCGUCCCCCGACAAACACGGAGCCUCACCCCAGGAUGCCAGCUGCGAGCUGUGCGGGUUCUACUUUGAGAACCGGAAGGCGCUGGCCAGCCACGCCCGGGCCCACCUGCGUCAGUUUGGCGUGACGGAGUGGUGCGUGAACGGCUCGCCCAUCGAGACGCUCAGUGCCUGGAUGCGCACGCGGCCGCAGAAGGUCCUGGAGAUGCACCGCAGCUACAUGCAGGUCAACCGCUCCAGCCUGAAGAAGAAGAACGUCUCCCCUCUGUCCCCGUCGUCGGACCACCUGAUCUCCAUCCCCGCCCUGAAGCCCUCCUCCUCCUCCACCUCCUCCGGCUCCUCCCCCUGGUCCUCCUUGGCCCCGCCCCGUCCGCCGCGCUCCGACCGCAGCGAAUUCCUGUCCCCGCCGCUCCACGCCACGCCCAAGGCGGGGCCCGAGGGCCGCAGCCCCUCCCGCCAGGGACCCAGCCUGCCGCUGCACGCCCAGGUGGCCCGCAGCGAGCUCAACGUGCGCCUGCCCAGAGGUUUUGAGCGGCGGCCCCUGAAGCACCCGUCCCUCCCCGAGGGGGCGGAGAGGGAGAGCGCCCCCAGGCCCCCCCGCUCCGGGACCAUCCCCUCCCUGGUGCCCCAACCCCCAAGCUACCCCCUGGUCAAACUGGUGGGGGCGCUCUACACCCUCAAAUGUCGGUUCUGCGAGGUGGAGUUUCAGGGGCCCCUGUCCAUCCAGGAGGACUGGAUCAGGCACCUCCAGCAGCACAUCAUCAAGAUGAACUACAGCAAGCCUGAUGGGCCCCGGGGCCCCGCCUCCACCGACCCUCCAACGCCCCGGGGCCCCGCCUCCACCGACCCUCCAACGCCCCGGGGCCCCGCCUCCACCGACCCUCCAACGCCCCGGGGCCCCGCUUCCACCGACCCGCCCACACCCAGAGGCCCCGCCUCCACUGACCCGACCACGCCCAAGGGCCCCGCCUCCACUGACCUGGCAACACCCCGGGGCCCCGCCUCCACUGACCCGACCCCUCCCAGGGGCCCCGCCUCCACGGACCCACUCACGCCCCGGGGCUCCGCCUCUUCAGACCCUAAGACCCCCAAGGGACCAACGUCAAACGGCCCUGCUCCCCCCAGCGGCCUCUCCUCCCCCCAACCCGCUACACUCCGGGCCCCUGGCUCUACAGACCCUCCCACACACAGAGGGGCCACUGACCCUCCUACACAACAGCCUCCUGCCUCCACAGACUCUGCUCCCCCUGGGGGGCCCCGGUCCACCCACCCUGCUGUACCAAGGGCUCCUCCACCCCCAAGCCCUCCGGCGGCCCCCCACAGCGCCCAGGCUGAGGGUCUGUCGGCCGGGGCCCCAGCCCAGGAUGAGGAGGGGCCUUCUCCAGAGGAGGGGCCCAUUCCGGUCGGGGGCCCCCCCGCUUGUGUUUCUACCUCUUCCACUGCCGCCGCCGUAGCUCCCCCCUCCGACCCCCCCUCACAGAGACCCCCGGCCCAGGGGGUCCCCACCGUCCCCGGCCCUCAGGGGCCGGAGUUCCCAGAGGAGCAGCCCAUGACAGACUCCGCCCCCGCCCCUGCCCCAGGCCCCGCCCCAUAGGUGUAGACACGCCCCCUCCUGGUCGUUCCACAAGCUUGCCUUUACUCCGCCUUCUUCAUCUGCUUCUUUUAUUUGGCCUUCACUGAGAUGUUCUAAGGACCGCCCCCCCCCCCCCCCCCCCCCCCCCCGCUCUAGCCUCUCAGACCCCCCAAGCACCUUCGCCUCGCUGCGUCCCUUGACUGUUACUCCGGCCCGUUGCCAGGGGGGUAACUCCGAUGCUCUCGGGCCGGCCGUGCGUUACCAUGGUGCGACCGUCCCGUCUCGGACGGGCCGGUUUGCGUUGGGUCGUCCUGAAUGUCUGACUGGGUAUGGACCUUCUGAGCAGAGGUGAACGAGGACUCACCGCACAGUGACCAUCCUACAACCUCCUCCUGACAGGUACACCUUACUCUACUGAUGCUUACUCCCAUUAUGCAUUGCAAACGGUUUGUAGAGGUAUCAGGGGUAUCAAUGGUAUCGUUAGCAAGGGUUUGGUUUAGGUGUUAGGUUAGAGAUUGCUAGUUUAGGGUGUUAGGUAGAGAUGGUUAGUUUAGGUAUGUUUAGUUUAGGGGUUAGGUUAGAGAUGAUUAGUUGAGGUACUUGGUUAGAGUUGGUUAAGUUAAAGUUUAGGUUAGCGAUGGUUAAUUUAGGUACUAGGUUAGAGAUGGUUUAGUUGAAGUUUAGCUUAGAGAUGGUUAAGUUGAUGAUGUAGGGAAAUGCGUAAGAAGUGCAGUUCAAGGGGACCUAUUAUGCUUUUCGACUUUUAUGACCUAUAAACGUUGUUAUAAUGAUUGAUAGUCAUGUUUAACCAUACACAAAAAACGAUGUAGAUUUUCGGGAAACUCUUCCUCUCAUCUGGGCCCUUUCAGCAUUCUCUGUCAACGCUCGGUUUCGUCCUUCUCCGCCCCCUCGCCCCCCUCCUGCCAACCAAACUCUGUUGUGAUUGGUUACCUUCCUUGAAGCGCGCGCGCGGGCAGAUUUGACAAGGCAUAUGGGGGCGUGGCAGGAGUACGUCUACUUAGAUGAUUUCCCGGAAAUGUGAACAAGUGAAUCGCAAACGUUGUCCCGAGUGUUUAGCGCUCUGCACAGCCACCCCAGACUGUCACCAGGGAAUACGUCGAAAUGCAUGUACGUCAUUAUUUGCCACUUUAGUAUGGUUAAACAUGACUAUCAAUCAUUAUAACAACGUCUAUAGGUCAUAAAAGUCGAAAAAGCAUAAUAGGUCCCCUUUAAGGUCCAGGAUCUGAGUUGGAGCGAUGCAUGAUGGGAAUAUCGAUCAGAAGAGAGGGUAUAGUCGCACCCCGAUGCCACCCUGACGCACUUUACCACUGGUGACCCGAUUCUCCGCCCCUCUAGAAGCACUAGUAGCUUUAGCCUUUGUGAUUUCACCAAGAGAGCAUUUGACUGAGAUUAAGUGACACUUUUAUAACCUUUAACAAUGUAAGUCUCGAGGUAGGGAUUUAAACACAUAAAAACGGUUUAGAAACAUGGAUCAAAUACUGAGCACUAAACCCAUUGUCCCUAAUUUACCAGGGCGCAGCAGACAAAGCUGAAUUCUGAUUGGUUUAGGUAGCAGGAAUUGAAAGCACACCUUAAAAGGGAAACAAACCUUUGCUCACUUUUUGACGGGUGGACAUCAACUAAGUCCCUAAAUUACUCCGUUGCCUGAAUGUAGCUGAAGCACCUAAUCGAUGAAUAUAUUUAUAUGCACACAUUUGUAAACAAUCAAAGAUCUAACUUUUGGCCCCAAUUCUCGUGCCGUUUCUAAUGUUUUGUGGCGUUUCUACUCGCACUUUGCUGUGGCGGCCACCAGAGGCGCUGUUGUGCCGAUGGCGCACAAGCUCUUUUUAACUCGCAGUUUGACUUUUUUAUAUUUUCCAUACCAAGUAACGCCAUUUCUUUGUCCUGCCUUUUUCCUUGUAAUCAAAAUUCUUUUAUUUAUUUAUUUCACAUCUGAAUGUGUUAAGUUUAGUCAUUUUUAAGCUAAAACGGAAAAGUCUGACGCUUGAGAACGGUUGUGUGUGAGAGUGUUUGUACCUGGACGUCGGCAGUGUGUGUCCUGCGUCUCCCUCGGACCCUGAACAGAGAGCCGUACUGAGUGCUCCUCCUCGGUCUGUCGGCUCUCUACGUCUGUCCUGUCUUACCUUUGGGACCGGAUGUGCCAAAGAGUGACUUUACUUCCGCGUCUUGCCUCUGUAAAACCUGCUGUUUCCAUCGGAGGCCUUGAGAGAGUACUCCCAGGACCCCUGGGCCCCUGGCUGGACGGCGCGGGGCGGGGGGGGGGCCUGGGGGACCGCCGGGGUCCCACACACCCGCAGCCUCCACUACUUGAAUUACAGAGGGGACGCUUUCAGACUCGUUGAAAUCCAGUAACUCCAGUAACUGUCCAGUAACUGUCUUCAGACGGACGCCACGCAGACGACCGCCAACCAAAACUCUUUCAGCGCAGGGGGCCGCGGCACCGAGGGCCCCUCCUUCCAAACACGCAAACACACGUAUGACCUCGAACAGUCGCCGUUCCACAGACCUCGGGUGUUUUAUCCCUGCAGUGUCGUCGUUAUCGACCCCAUCCCGCGUCUCUGGGUCCGUGUUGACCAACCACAUCUCAACCACGUGUUAUUUUCUCCGUAGGACGACCAUGUUCCAACAUGACUGUUUAACCCACACACUCCCCUUCCUCUGAUGUUUUAUGGAGAAUAUAUAUAUAUAUCUAUACUAUAUAACUACAUGUACUUAACUAAACUGUCGACGCUAGUAGAGCUAUCAGCGGUUUUAUUAGCAAGCUAGUUACAAGGGAAAAAAAAGAAGUGAUCUUAAAAUCCUCUGUUGUGAAUUGAUUUCAACAUUUGAUGCUACGUAUUUUUAUUGCUCUGUGCAUUUCCGUAUUUGCAGUCCUGGAAAGGGUGACUCUUAGAGUGUUUCUUAUUUUUUAUUCCGUAAGAUAGGUUCCGAAACAGCUGAGAGGUAACUGGUGCUGGUGUGAAUGAGACGACGGUGAAGUAUGAUUGGUCCUCUCGUCCUGCUCACAGGACGUUAAACUAAAACAUGAUAAGCCCACGACGACUAGAAACACUCCUCCAAUGUCCGUGUUACAGCAGCCAGAGUCUGUCCCCUCCGGGCAUCACUGGUCAGUUACUGGGCUAACAGUAACUAAUGCAGCCAGUCAUGGUUUAUCUGAAUGUGUCGCUAUACCCCAGCUAGUACAACUGGCUAUAAGGGUUGUGUGUAUGUGUGUGUUUGGGUGUUUGUGUGUGUGUGUGUGUGUGUGUGUGUGUGUGUCUGAGGUAAAAAAAAACAACAAGAUUGUUAUGAGAUGACAAAGUAGGGGAAGGAUGCCAAACUGUUUUGUACUCAAAAGGUCAAGGUUCAUCAUGUGAGUCAAUCAGCUCCUAGAAAAAACUAAAAUAAAUGUGAUUUCAAUUUCAAA